CCAGAGAGGCUAAAAGAGGCUCGGCAGGUAUAUCAGUAGGUAGGUCAGGUCAGGUGCUUGGCUGGGAAUCGCAUGUCAAAGUCUGGCCGGUCCUAACGGGAAACACGAACACAUCGAACAGCUGGUCACGCAACAGUGUAUAUAUAAUAUAGAUAGCGUGUAGCAAGUGUCAUUCCGGCCCAAUACGUCCGAGCUGGACUUGGAAUAGUAAGCUGUGCUUUGCUCCUAUAGUCGAUAAAUUUUGCAAGUCACGGUGCACGGAAAAUCGCAUCGCAAAACAAUUUACUAUACACAAGGUAAAAGAUAAAAAUGGAUUUCAGCGGUAAGGUGGUGCUCAUCACUGGAGCCAGUUCUGGAAUUGGCGCUGCUACGGCGGUCUAUUUUGCUAAGUUAAACGCAACGUUGGCACUGGUCGGUCGCAAUGUUGCAAAUUUGAACCAAGUUGCGUCCGACUGUGAAACCGUAGGAAGCAUCAAACCGCUAAUUUUGGUGGCAGAUGUGACCAAGGAGGAGGAUAAUGAACGAGUGAUAGCGGAGGUGGUUGAAAAGUUGGGCAAACUUGAUGUGUUGGUGAAUAAUGCCGGGAAGGGAGCCUCUGGAUCAAUCGAAACCACCACCAUGGAACAGUACGAUGACAUCAUGAGGACAAAUGUACGAUCGGUUUUCCAGUUGACCAAGUUGGCUGUGCCUCAUCUAAUCCGUUCCAAGGGUAACGUUGUGAAUGUUUCAAGUGUAGCCGGGCAACGAUCUUUCCCAAACUUUUUGGCUUAUUGUGUUUCGAAAGCGGCUAUUGAUCAGUUCACGCGAUGUACUGCACUUGAAUUGGCGCCAAAGCAAGUACGGGUCAAUGCAGUUAAUCCAGGAGUCAUUGUCACUAACUUUCAUCGGGAAGCUGGUAUGGACGAGGACACAUACAAAUUAUACUUGAAGCGAUGCGAAGAAACACAUGCGUUAGGACGUGUCGGCCAAGGUUCAGAGGUUGCUGCGGCGAUUGCCUUUUUAGCAGGGGAAAACACCGCCAGCUUCACGACCGGCGUUUGUCUCUGUGUUGAUGGUGGCAAACAUGCAAUGUGCCCAAGAUAAUUUGAAGUAUGUGGAAAUGAGUUGCAGUACAGCGUCGUUCAGAUAAUUUCCGCUAGGAUUUUUUAAUGAAAUCUUUUAUUACAGAUUUAACUGCUUACAAUUUCUAUUGAAUAAAUGCUUAAUAUUGUGCCUUGUAAGACACUCGCUCAAAAUGCGCAUAUAUGAAAACCAAGCUUAGAUAAGCACGUGACAGUAGACUAUAAAUUCAUAAGAACAUUCUUUUUGAAAAGCAAAUAGCAGCCAUAAAU